UCUCGAUGCACCACCACCACCUCCAUCUCCACGCCCCGAUCGAAGCUAGCUAGAGGACUGCACCGCGGCGCUCCAUCCUCGAAUGCGAACCGAAACUGAAACCCGCAAUCAAUUUCGCGAAAUCCUCAGUAGCACAGCCAGCAGUAGCACGCGGCCAGGCUAGGGACAGAUUGGGAGGCAUUAAUCGCCUCCAACCCGGCCCCGACGGCGGAGGCCGGCGCCCCCAGAAACCACAGCCCCGCUCCUUCGCUAUAAAUCGGUGCCCGUCUCGCAGCCCCUCUCCACACCCGCUCCUCCUCACUCGAAUCUGUCUACUCGGCUGCGGCGCUGCGCUAACCUAGGGUUUAGUCCGGCGGCCUGCAGCUAGCUAGUAGCCAUGGAGGGGGAGGACCACGCCGCCGCCAACGCCUUCAACGGCGCCCCGACACGCCGCUGGGCGGAGGACGUGAUCGUGCUGUCCUCGGGCAGGCCGCCGCGGUCGGUGGAGGCGGUGGUGGUGGUGAACGGGGAGGCGGACGGGCAGGGGCAGCACGAGGAGGCGCCGCCGGAGAGGCUCUACUUCAAGACCAGGCUCUGCGAAAAGUACGAGGUCACCGGCCGCUGCAUGUACGAGGACGCUUGCACCUUCGCGCACGGCCGCGCCGAGCUCCGCCCGCCGGUCCCCCCUCCCUCGCACGCCUUCGCCGGAGGCGGCAGGUUUGUCAACGGCGGCGGCAAGGUGUGCUUCAACUUCAGGGACACGGGCGCCUGCCAUUUCGGGGACAAGUGCGCCUUCCCCCACGCGGCCGCGCCGGCGACACCUGGUCACGCGAUUCGCCUCACCGGGGGCGGGGACCAGAGGGUGCUGACGGACGACUGGGGGAGCGCGACGCCGCCCGCGAGGCAAACCCCGGGGCCGCGCUACGCCGCCCCGGGCUCCGCCAGGGCGUACCCGUACCCGCCGGUGCUUCCCCGUGAUCGUCUUGGGCAGACGAUGCCCGAGGAGAACGGGGGCAAAAAGCCCAACAGGCUGAUGCUCAUGAGCCAAGGGAAGAUCGCCGGCAUCUACGGCGACUGGCUGGACGAGGAGGACUGAGACCGAUCGAUCAGCCGUCCACCCACCAUGGUCGCAUACCCCAUAUACCAGAUGAUUGGCAUUGCUGAUACAUAGCAACAAACAAAAAAUGGGUGGGGCUGAUUGAUUUCGUCUGAAAGUUAAUAACUUUACCGUGGUGGUAUUUAGUAUUUAUCUGUGCUGUAUAAUUCCAAUUGUUGUGCAAUCCGUGCAUACAAAUCCUAUGUAAUUCGUAUGAAUAAACCUGCGUCGUUGUCUGUCUAUCUAUCCCCAUAAUAUAUCA